CCGCCGUCAGCUGUUACAGACGAUGUGUAAGCACCUGCAGUACCACAUCGGGCACCGCCAGGAGGUGCGACUCAGUACCGACCUACUUGGGGACCUGCUCACCAUCGUCCAGCAGCUCAAGUGUGACGGUGACGGCGACACGGGCCGCGAGGUGGAGAUCCUCUCGCUCUACCUCGCCGACACGCUGGUCCGAGCCGUCCUCUCCCUGGAGUCGACCCCUCUGAGAACUGGCGGCGGGCAGUGCGGCCGGCUGGUGGCUGCCCUGGCCACCCUGCUCCGGCUGAUGGCGCCGGCACACUACUGCCAUCUGUGGGCCGAAAUGGCGGACGACGAGCAGCUCUGCCAGUUCCUGCUGCGACUGAUGGCGCUCUUCAGGGAGCUCAUCACUGAACAGAUGUACCCCCGCGACUGGUGCGUGUUGAAGAUGACCGUCAACAAGGUGAUCCUGAACACGCUGAAGGAGCUCUCCACUCCUCUCAGAGCCCGCUUCCUGCAGGGAGACAGCUUCAACCAACUGCUGUGGCACAGCUACUUCACGUUGUCUGUGGCGUUCGCCACCCAGCCGGACCUCCAGCUGGAGACCUUCUCCGAGAUCAAGAGAGAUAAGCUGCUGCACAGCCACCAGGACAUGCGGAUCGUCAUGGGCUUCGAGGUGCUCUCCAUGUGGCGUCUGCUCGGCGACCGUAAGGCGCACUUUGUGCCGUCUCUGGUGGGCGCGAUGCUGGAGCUGACGCUGCUGCCGGCGCCGGAGCUGCGCAGGGCCACUCUGCCCGUCUUCUAUGAGCUGAUGGGGGCGGAACAGGCCGCCCGGGGCACCUUCAAACAGGUUGAGACUGAGGUGAUCGAUAAACUGGACAUCCUCGUCAGUGAAGACAAAGGUGACGACGACUAUCGCAGACUCUUCCAGAACAUCCUGCUGACGGAGGUACAGCAGCGGCGGCCGCCCUGGCGGGACGCCGGCGUCCGGUUCGUGCUGUCGGUGACGCGCCUGCUGGAGCGGCUGCUGGACUACCGACAGGUCAUGGAGGGUGACGAGAACAGGGACAAACGGAUGAGUUGCACCGUCAACCUGCUGAAUUUCUACAAGAGCGAGGUGAACCGCUCGGAGAUGUACCAGCGCUACAUCUACAAGCUACACGACCUGCACGUCUCGGCCGAGAACUACGUGGAGGCCGCGCUGACGCUGCGCCUGCACGCCGAUCAGCUCGAGUGGAGCACCCGGGUGCUGCACGCCGACCUGCGCUACCCGGCCCACUGUGAGUGGCAGCGAAAGGAGCAGCUGCUCCGGCAGAUGGUCGACUAUGUGGACCGCGCCAAGUGCUGGGAGCUCGGCAUCCCGCUGCUCAAGGAGCUGGCAGAGCAGUACGAGACGCGCGUGUUCGACUACGGGCGACUUAGUGAGACACUGCGCACCAUGGCGGAUUUCUAUGACCGGAUCAUGAGUCAGCUAAGGCCCGAGCCGGAGUACUUCCGGGUCGGCUUCUACGGACAGCAGUUCCCGCCCUUCGUCAGGAAUAAGGUGUUUGUGUAUCGGGGUCUGGAGUACGAGCGGCUGGCCACGUUCACCCAGCGCCUUCAGACCGAGUUCCCCGCCGCUCAGCUGAUGACGACACUAGCGCCACCUGACGAGAACAUCAUGAACGCACCGGCGCAGUACAUUCAGAUUUGUAACGUGCGGCCGGUGGCUCGCGAGUCCGGCUCCCGCCAACAGCUGGACGUUCCCGCCAAAAUUCAGGCGUUCCACCUGGUGAACGAUGUGGACACGUUCCAGUUCGACCGGCCCGUCCACCGCGGCUCUGUGGACAGGGAUAACGAGUUCAAGACCCUGUGGCUGGAGCGGACCGUGCUGCAGAUCGAGUCGCCCCUGCCGGGCAUCCUGCGCUGGUUCCCGGUGAGCUCCGCGCGCCGUGAGCUCAUCUCGCCGGUGAGACACGGCUGUGAGACGGUGAGCGCGGCCAACCGCCAGCUGCGUCAGCUGAUCGGACGGUACUCGCCGCCGGUGGCCGAUACCAACGUCAGUCCGCUCAGCAUGCGGCUCCAGGGCAUCAUAGACGCCGCGGUGAACGGAGGCCACAGCAACUUCAAGGAGGCGUUCUUCACUGCCGAGUUCGCUGCCCAGAACCCGGACAUGGUGCAGCACGUGGCGCAGCUGAAGGGGCUCAUCCAGGAGCAGCUCUCGAUUCUGGACCAGGCGCUCAGUCUGCACGGCCAGCUGGCUCCGGCCAGUGUGCAGCCGCUGCACCGUCGUCUGCUGCAGUGCCAGCGGCAGCUGCGACUGGCCGCCGCCGGUACGGGGCCUGCGCCCGGCGCCGACUCCCCGGGACCAGCCCGCUUCAGUCGGCAGAGCAGUCACCGGCGCAGCGUGGGCGCAGACUCCAAGGCCAGCAUACUCAGCACGCCGCUGCCUCCAGUACCGACCGCUGCGGUGCCCCAGUGGCGCCGGCCGGGCAGCAGCUCGUGUCCCAGUAGCCGCUCGUCUGCGGCCUCCUCUGUGUCCUGGAGCGGGGUACAGGCCGCGGAGCCGAGCGAACAGGAGCUGGGGUACGCGCGGCCCGGCGACUGGGACUCGCUCGGUGACCGGAGGAGUUCGACAGGCUCUCAGACCAGCGGCGACUUCCAACAGCAUGAAUACUUCCUGCUCACCGUCGGCGGUGAUGACGACCCUCCCGAGCGGCCGCCGAAGCGUCUCUCGGAGUCGCGACCGUCCACCGACGGUCCGUCCCGUCCGGUCAGCCGCCAGUCGUCUGUGGUGGGGAGCUCGGAUCAGCCGCCGCUACCGCCGCUGCCGCCCAAACCUGCCGAAAAGCGCCACACAUCGUCAGUCUCGUCAGUGGUCUACGGCGGCGGACUGGAGCACCGGCCCAGCCUUCCGCUCAGGCUCACCAAAAAGGUGUCUGCGCCGGCGAUAAUGUGUGCGCCGACCCUGCCGCCGCCUCCGCUGCCGCCCAAGCCGCCGGCACCGCGCUCCUCUGAGGUACCCAGUCCUACGGCUGCGCUGUGCGACCUGCUCGGGCCACCCGACUUUGAGGCGCCGCCGCCGCCCACCGCCGGGUCCUCGCCGCCGCCGGGAGACCUGUCGUCGACAUACAUGUCGCCCACGCUGCCGGCCGUGCCGACGAGCGCGCCGCCCCCGCCCCCGCCCGCGCCGGCCCUGCCGCCCCCGCCCAGAACGUCCGGCGUGCCGCUGACCCGACUGACAGCUCCUGAUCAGCCGCCGAGGGUGGCGCUUAGCUUCGACGAGCCAGACUAUGGAGACUAUAAGGUCCUCCAGCCGGGCAGUGCUGUCUAUGGGAACUAUAAGGUCCUGAAACCGGGCGGCACUGAAUACGGUGACUAUAAGGUCCUCAAACCGGGAAGCACCGACUACGGAGACUAUAAGGUCCUACAGUCGGGCAGUACUGACUACGGAGACUAUAAGGUUCUUCAGUCGGGGAGAUUUGAAGAUAGGGACUACGAAGUCCUCAAACCGGGCGAAGCUGACUUCGGCGACUAUAAGGUCCUCAAUUCAGGCAGUCCUGACUGUGGUGACUACAAAGUGCUUCAGCCUAACGGUCUGUGCAGGCUGAGUGAGGAACCUAACUACAAACUGGUGGUGUCGCCGGGAAGGAUAUGUCGGCGUCUUGCUGCGGCCGGUGACAGAGAAACUGAUGCCUGAAACUGGCCCGUGCGGAAAUGAGACUUACAGCAGUAUACUGUUCUUAUUUUGGUAACGUAUCGAGCUAUGAUCAAGUGAUUGUGCGAGCUUGUGACCUUGUUUGACCAAGUAGGAUGGAAGCUGAAGAUUCCAUCGUCAAUGUUUCGAACUGAGCGUGAGUAACGCUGAUGCUAUGUUGUAAACGGUGCCGGGGCGAGCUUCGAGUCGCCUCGCUACUGGAGUUGUUUCGGGUAAGUCAGUGGCCCAGCCAGUGGCGUAUGUUUGAUAUUUUGAUAUAGCAAAGGGAAUGCGUCACAGGAAAAGCUAUAUUUUUGGUAUGUGUCGCUUAGGUAUGGCAUAUAAAACACGUAUUAGCUCAUCAACGCGCAUCAAAUGCGCAAGUAAGAAACUCUGUUUGGCGUACGUGUAAGAAUGAUAGGCCAAAUGGUACCCAUUGAGCUUCUCGUCAAAGUCAUGUGCCUACACACCGAGGUACUAGUCAUAGAAAGCAGUGUUAUGGAGCUGGUAGCCAUUGUUUGUACGAGAAGUGCUCACUUCGGUGGCCCGGCGACCGGCCUGGAGUCUCAGUCGAUCUGCCCGUAUCUGAUCAUACCACUGUCAUAAGGUGCUUCUCGUGAAUAUGCAGAGGCCGUGCUGACUGACCGCGCUUAUUGACGUUAUAAGUGAACGUAUGUUGCUUCAAUAUGUUGUGCCAAGCAUAGUGUUUUAUUGCAGCGCAAAAUAGUGCGUUAUAUUUGCUCACACACGCACACUCGCAUUGAUGUUACUUUGUAGAUUGUGACGCUAUAUUUCGUCCAUCAGUUUAUGUUGUGUCGCUUCCAACGAAAUACAAUGAAUAUAUUUC